AUGAAUGAAAUGGAGGCGGAAGAAAAAUUGGACGAGUCGCCAGCCGGAGGCGAGGACCUCUCGGCGACGCCCGCGAAGCGUCGUCACAGCUGCUCGCUGUGCGAUCGCGACUUCUCGUGCCCGUCGCGACUGUCGGACCACGUGGCGGCGCACUUUGGCGAAAAGCCGCACGCCUGCCCGCUGUGCGGCAAGCGCUUCAGCAAGAAGAUCAACGUCAAGGUGCACCAGCGCGUGCACACGGGCGAGAAGCCCUACGCCUGCCAGGAAUGCGGCGCCCGCUACACCCAGCUCGGUUCCCUGCGCCGACACCGCCUCUGCCACGCCCCGCAUCGCCAGCACGUCUGCGACCAGUGCGGACGCGCCUUCCUGCAGCGACGCUACCUGCUGCAGCACCAACGCGUCCACACGGGCGAGCGCCCAUACGUCUGCGCGCUGUGUCCCAAGCGAUUCGCCUCCACGGCGGGCCGCUCGGAGCACCAGCGCACGCACUCGGGCGACGCCUACACCUGCGCGGUGUGCCGCAAGGCCUUCACCACGCCGUCGGCCUUCCGCGACCACGCCACGCUGCACACUGGCCGCAAGCCGCACCCGUGUUCCGUCUGCAGCAAAAGCUUCAACCGGCCGGGCCUGCUCCGAAAGCAUCUACAGAAACAUCUGGAACGCGACGCCGCGGACGACGAGCGUGACGGUGAGGAAGACGGGCAUUCGCGGGACGGGUCUUUGUCACCAGCCAAGAAAAGCACAACAAAGAAGAAGAAGGUCCACGAGUGCGAGCUGUGCGGCCGCGUCUUCUCCAGGCCGUACAAGCUGAAGGAGCACCUGGAGGUGCACGCCGCCACGCGGCUCCACCGCUGCUCGAUGUGCGGCAAGAGCUUCGCCAACGCCACCAACCUGAAGGCCCACCAGAAGAUCCACACGGCACAGCGGCCACACCACUGCCACGUCUGCGACAAGUGCUUCCUCAGGCCCUACGAGCUGCGCAAGCACGUCAAGACGCACGAGCGGCAGAGCCUCCUGGAUCUGAUGGCGCCGCCGCGUCCGGAGGGCGGAGACGCUCGCGAGGAGGAGCUUCCCGAAGGACAACUGCCGCCCGCGGAGGAGGAAGCGAAGCCGGCGAGCGAGGAGGACACAGUCAACGGUCUCAUCAACUCCGACGGCGAAGAAGAGGACUGGGGCCCCGCCCUUAUACAAUCAGACGGCACCGAGACGACUCAGUCGGCCGGCGAGGAGAAACGCGGCCCUCACGCGUGCCCGGUGUGCGGGCGCGACUGUUUCAAGGCGUCGGCGCUGCAGAAGCACUUGCGCAUCCACUCGGGCGAGCGUCCGUUCCGCUGCGCCACCUGCCAGAAGACCUUCACUCAGCAGGUGCACCUGAAGGAGCACCGGCGCAUCCACACGGGCGAGAAGCCCUACACGUGCCCGCUCUGCGCCAAGACCUUCACCUUCUCCAGCGCACUGCGUCGCCACGUGCGGCUGCACGGCGACGCGCGGCCCUUCGCCUGCGACGUGUGCGCCAAGACCUUCAAGCAGGCCGCCUCGCUCAAGAGCCACAUGCUGGUGCACUCGGACGUGCGCCACCACUGUCCCGUCUGCCGCAAGGCCUUCACGCGGCCGCUGGAGCUCAGCUACCACGUGGACGUGCACGACGCCAGCCGCCCUUACUUUUGCCGCCUGUGCCGCAAGAACCUCAGCGGGGCGCGGGCCUUCCGCAAGCACCUCAGAAGGCACGAGGUUUGGGAUGCUGCCAAAGCGGCUAAAGACCAGGAGGCGGGGCUGCCGGAGCGCGUCGCAAACGGUGACCCGCCGGGUGACCCGGCAGGCAUUGUGGACGGUGACCCGCCGCCUCUUUGA